GACCUUAAUGACAUGGACCAAGAUGACAUGUGCGAUGAUGGUAUGAGUGAUAUUGAUGAUCAUGCCAGUGAGACGGAUUCGAAAAAGGGUGAUGGCCGUUCCGGUGAUGGUAAAUCGAAUAGCAGUGGUGGUGGUUCAAAGCCCAGGCGAGCCCGUACGGCAUUCACCUAUGAACAGUUGGUGUCCUUGGAGAAUAAAUUCAAAACGACACGGUAUCUAAGUGUUUGUGAACGAUUGAAUUUGGCAUUGAGUUUGUCGUUGACUGAGACGCAGGUGAAAAUCUGGUUUCAAAAUCGUCGCACCAAAUGGAAGAAACAAAAUCCUGGUAUGGAUGUCAACAGCCCUACAAUUCCACCACCUACCGGUUCAUUUGGUCCUGGUGCUUAUGCCAGUAGUCUGCUCUACUCGCAUACCAUGCCCUAUUCACCCUAUGGCCCAUAUUUCCAUCCCUUGGGUGCAGCACAUCAUCUAAGUCAUUCGCAUUCAUAAAAUUGUAAGAUGCAACAUAAAUUGUUGCAAAUAAUGGAAAUGCGUAAAUAUCAAGGACUAAGGAAGGAUU